AUGGCUGAAGGUGGCGAUGGAAAACCCCCAGAAAAGAAGACUAAUCCGCCACCGGCAUAUGGCGAUAUUUUUCCGGGUCCGGAGAAGAUCGCCAGCAUCUAUCCAGGCAUGCCAGAGGACAAAAGUGAUGAAAAUGGCAAGCUUGACGAUUCAAAGAAUGGUGGACCACUGCCGGAGAAACCGGAACUUUCGGAUUCUACCGAUAUGGCGUUGAUGAUGAAGGCGCUGGAUUUUGCGGCACGACGACAUCGACAUCAGCGCCGAAAAGAUCCUCCACAGACUCCGUUCAUCAACCAUCCGAUUGGUAAAAUCUCUUCCAUUCUUGCGCAAGUGAUCAUUACACACCGAUAUCCUUUGCUGCUCAAUCGUGUCGCCUAUAUCCUAACGAAUGAAGGAAAGGUCAACGAUCCCGUAACACUUAUGGCUGCUGUUCUGCACGAUAUCGUCGAAGAUACGAAGACGACUCAACAAGAAGUGAAGGAACUUUUCGGUCAUGAAGUAAUGACAGUGGUUAGCGAAUGUACACUCGACAAAUCACAUUCGCGUGAAUCCAGAAGGAAAUUUAUGUUGGAGAACGUAACGAAGCUCACUCACAGAGCUAAACUCGUCGAACUAGCGGACAAACUGUACAAUUUGCGUGAUAUUGAGCGUGUUCUACCAAUUGGAUGGAACGGACAUCAUAAGAAGGAAUACUUCAAAUGGGCCAAAGAAUAUGUGUCCAAAAUGAAAGGGACUAACGAUGGUCUGGAGAUGGCGCUGGACGAUGUUCUGAACAGGAACCUUAAAUGA